AUGGAGAUUUUAGUAAUUCAAACUGGUGGUACUAUUGAUAAAUGCUAUCCUAAAAAUAUUGGAGGCUAUGCUUUUGAAUUUGGAGAUAGUUAUGCUAUGGAAAUUUGUGAAAAAUAUACCAUAAGAAAAUAUUCGAAAUUUCAUCUUAUCAAACCUUUUUUAAAGGACAGCUUAGAAAUUACAUCUGAAAAUAAACUUGAACUGGCUAAUUUAUUGAUUACUACUAAGUAUAAAAAAAUUCUGAUAACCCAUGGGACAGACACAAUGAUUGAAACUGGCAUAUACCUGACUGCUUUUGAAGAUCAACUUAAAGACAAAUUUAUUGUGCUAACUGGUGCUUUUCGACCAGGAGUAUUUAAAAAUACCGAUGCCGACUUCAAUGUGGCAUUUGCUAUCGGUGGACUAGUCAUGUCAAAGGAACCGGGUAUUUUUAUUGCAAUGCAUGGUAAAUUCUACCGUCCACAUGAAGUUGUUCGUGAUGUCGAGUCGGGAAAUUUCAUUCCUAUUGACGAUAAAUAA